AUGAAGGUCGUAUGUGACAUAGAAGAUGGCGAGCUACAUCUUGCAUCUACAAACGAGGGCGACCUAGGCUCGUGUUCGACACUGCAGUUCUUGGUUGGUGUGUCAGAUAGCAACCUGGGCAGCGGUGUGAGGCGGGUCUGGUCUUGGUACUAUGUUGAUAGCAAGGGUGCAAGGCUCAAGGGAAUCAGCCGGUUCUGUAGUUCUUUGUAUGCUUAUGGUAUCUUGGAUGAGGGUUACAAAUCCAACAUAUCAGUUGAGGAAGCUGCUGAGUUAGCAUGGCGGGCUUUUAUCACACACUAUUCUGUGACAGAGCUAGUGGUGGCUGUGUUCCUGGUGGUUUGUUAA